UAAAAGAACUGAUUAGCUGCAGAAUUUCCGUUUUCAAUUACAAGAUUAAAUAUAAUUUGAAAAUUAUACAGCGAUGGAAAACGGAGACGUAGACAAAAUUACAUUGGUAUUACUAAUAGCGACCAUAGCGUUCUGCCAGGAUAACCGAAUAAUGAGCAAGAAUGAGGCUCAGCAUAUUCAGGAGAACUACAUGGAGAGGGUCACAGAUUCCCUGCCUCUCCUGGAGCUGAUAACCGACUGUGAGGAAUGUCCGAGAGCCUAUCUCCCAGUCUGUGGCACUGACAAUAGAACCUACUCCAACCUGUGCUGGCUGAACUGCGUCAGGACGAGGUUUCAGAAGGUUGUGUUUCACGCGUACGAUGGUCACUGUCAUCAAUUUGUUAUGCCUUUUGACUACUGAAUCGCUUGCAACCUUAUAGCUAUGUCCACACUGUGCACUUUCGU